AUGGCACAGCCACUGAGAGCAGCCAGGUAUCGUUGGCGCCGCCUGAUAUCCCGAAAAGGGAGAGAACAUGGCAGUCCCAGAAGAGAAUCCAUCUCUCCAGGAAGCAAAGCACUCCAGCAGCAGCCCAAGAAGGCCAGCAAGCACAGACUAGUCAUACCACACCUGGAGAAUCUUGAAGGAGAAUACAAAAAAGUGUCAAAGCAUUAUAAGAGCAACAGAAUACGAACCACCAAGUAUACAUUAUGGAAUUUUAUACCAAAGAAUUUAUUUGAACAGUUUCAAAGAGUUGCCAAUUUAUACUUCCUAUUUAUAGCUGUGCUAAACUGGAUUCCAGUGGUUGAAGCCUUUCAGAAGGAAAUCACAAUGAUACCUCUCCUGGUGGUUCUCGUCAUCAUUGCAGUGAAAGAUGGCAUGGAGGAUUACGCAAAAUACAAGUUAGACAAAAAGCUAAACAAUUUAUUGGCACAAGUCUACUGUAGACAUGAAGGAGCAUAUGUAGACAAAUUCUGGAAAAAUGUUGUUGUUGGAGAUAUUAUCCGAUUGUCCUGUAAUGAGGAAAGCCCUGCCGACAUGGUGCUGAUAUAUUCCACGGAUGCAGAUGGAAUCUGCUACAUUGAAACGUCCAGCCUCGAUGGAGAAAGCAAUUUGAAGCAGAGGCAGGUGGUUAGAGGAUUUGAAGACCAGGAGUGUGAAAUUGAUCCAGCAGAAUUCUCAAGUAAAAUAGAAUGUGAGAGCCCUAACAAUGACCUCAACAGCUUCCGGGGCUUUCUGGAGCAUUCGAAUCAGGAGCACGUGGGCCUGAGUAAGGAGAACUUGCUCCUACGAGGAUGCACGAUCCGAAACACAGAAGCUGUUGUUGGCAUCGUGGUGUAUGCAGGUCACGAAACCAAAGUGAUGCUGAACAACUCAGGGCCUCGUCACAAGCGGAGCAAACUUGAGAAGAAGGUGAAUGGCCAUAUCUUGUGGUGUGUCCAACUUCUGAUAGAGAUGUGUUCUAUAGCGGCUGUGGCUAAGAGGUUAGAGUUAUAUCAAGAAGAUGAGGAAGAUGAGGACCUGCCCUUUCCCUCAGGUAGUUCAAGGAAAUUGUCAAGAAUGAAGAUGUCCCACAUAAACAGAAGCAGUUUUGCAGUAGGAUCCUGCCUCAUGAGGCAGCUGGCCUUCAGCAGCCCCAUUGAGACUGACGUUGUGCCAGACAUACUGCUAAUGCAGAAAUUUAGUCGAAUCUCUUACAAUGUGUAUGAACGCUCCGAGCACAUGACCUCGGAGGCUGUGUACAUCACUGAGUUUUUCAUCGCUCUGGCAGUUUGCAACACCGUUGUUGUUUCAACACCUACUGAACCAAGUCAAAAGGGUCUUUGGCCUUCAGUAACUAGACUACCUGAUAUACCUUUGGAUGAAUUUAAGAAGGUGUUAGACAAGUUCUCCAUCCGGAAACUGAGCUCCUCGCCAGCACCAGCUGCAGGUUCCAGAGUUACAUGGGCUGAAAGCCCCAGGAAUGUUAUGCAUACGUUGGAUGUUUGUGAAGCGCAUGCACGAUCCUCUGUUGACUCGCCAAGCCCUGAUGCACCAGUGCAAAGAGAACUCCUGGAGUUACCUUCGGCCUCUAUUCCUCGAUUUCAGUCUCAGCCAUUUUCUGAAUCUCAGCUGUGCUACGAGGCCGAGAGUCCUGACGAAGCAGCCCUGGUCCAUGCGGCCAGAGCAUAUUCGUGCACCUUAACAUCAAGGAGUCCUGAUCAGGUUACAGUAGACUUUGCUCCUUUAGGAACUUUAACAUUUCAGUUGUUGCACAUCCUGCCUUUUGACUCCUUACGGAAACGGAUGUCUGUGGUGGUUAGGCACCCUAUCUUGAAACAAGUUGUGGUGUACACGAAAGGGGCGGAUUCCGCCAUAAUGGAUUUGCUGGAGCCGGAACCCACAGGUAUUAGCACACUUGAUAUGCGAAAGCAGAGAAUUAAGGAGAAAACACAGAGACACAUAGAUGAAUAUGCCCGAAAAGGCUUGCGUACUCUUUGUAUCGCUUCAAAGGUAAUGAGCGACUUGGAGUAUGAGGAGUGGUUAAAGGAGCACCACAGAGCUGAAAGUGACAUAGAUUCAAGGGAGGAACUGCUCCUGGAGUCCGCCUUGAGGCUUGAGAACAAUUUAACUUUGCUCGGGGCUACUGGGAUUGAAGAUCGCUUGCAAGAGGGUGUUCCAGACACUAUAGCGUCCCUCAGAAGAGCUGGGAUCACCAUCUGGAUGCUGACGGGUGAUAAACACGAGACUGCGGUGAACGUGGCCCACGCCUGUAGAUUGCUGGAACCAUUUGACAGGCUCUUCACUCUCAAGGCUGUCAAUCAGGACUCCUGCGAACAGCUGAUAGACAGCAUCUUAGCAGAAAUGUGGAUCCAUCCCCAAGGAAGCUCCACUGCAGACCUUUUCAACAUCUCCAGAGCUUCGGAUGGCAACAUCCCCCAGCUCAGCACUGGCCUAAUUAUAGAUGGACCAACCUUAGCCUUUGCUUUGCGCAAAACUGCGCGCCACAGAUUCCUGCUACUCACGACACAGGUACGAGCUGUCAUCUGCUGCAGAGCAACACCCCUACAAAAGAGCCACGUGGUGAAGCUGGUGAGAAAGGAGCUCAGAGCGAUGACUCUGGCUAUAGGUGAUGGUGCCAAUGAUGUUAGCAUGAUCCAAGUUGCUGAUGUGGGAAUUGGAAUUUCUGGCCAAGAAGGCAUGCAGGCUGUGAUGGCAAGUGAUUUUGCAGUUUCUCAGUUCAAACACCUCAACAAACUGCUGCUUGUUCACGGUCACUGGUGUUACUAUCGACUGGCCAACAUGGUCCUUUAUUUCUUCUACAAGAAUUUGGCAUAUGUAUGCAUCCUGUACUGGUACCAGUUCUACAAUGGGUUUUCAGGAAUAGCCAUGAGUGACCAGUGGAGUCUGAUUUUUUUCAACCUUCUCUUCACAUCGGUGCCACCCAUCAUUUACGGUGCUUUGGACAAAGAUGUAUCUGCAGACACCCUACUCCGCCUGCCAGAACUUUACAAGGCUGGUCAGAGAUCUGAGCCUUAUAUAUCUUCAGCCUUCUUCAUCAACCUGUUAGAUGCCAUUUAUCAAAGCCUGGCUUGCUUUUUCAUCUGUUACAUGACAUAUGCUGGUUCUGAUAUAGACAUCUUUUCCUUUGGGGGACCUCUGAACACUUCUAUCUUCUUUGUAAUAUUGCUACACCUUCUGAUAGAAAGCAAAUCUGUGAAUUGGAUAUAUGAGGCUACGAUGAUAGGAAGCAUUGUACUAUAUUUCUCCUUCGCUGUCAUCUUUGGAGCUACCUGCAUUCUCUGCAACCCACCAGCCAACCCGUACUGGAUCAUGCAGAGGCACCUGGCUGAUCCAAGCUUCUUCUUGGUUUGCAUCAUGUCGAUAGUGGUGGCUCUGUUUCCCAGGUAUAUCUUCAGGGUGAUACAAGGUACCAUGUUUCCAACUCCAGUAAUGAAAGCCCAACAGAUGGAAAGUCAUUCCGCUGUGCCAAGGGGAAGUCAGAUGAACAGCAGAAAAAUAGGCCCAACAAGAGUCAGUCAGGACUGGUCACUCGACCUGCCUGUGAAAGAGGGAGCAAAACUGGGUGUAUGA